AGAUAAGAAAAGAAUAAAUACGUUGGUGUGGGGUGUGAUGUUAGGAUAGGUGGUCAUGUGUAUGUGCCUCAACUGAACUAAGCUAUAGGGUGGCCGUUUUCUUUUUCUUUUCUAUUAUCUUCUUUUUUACUCUCUCUCUCUCUCUCUCUCUCUGCUCUUUGGUCUUUACACACAGCACAUAAAAUAAAUGAAAGAUCUUGCCCCAUUAAACUUCCUUACAGCAUAACGUUGUCUAGUUGCCUAGUUCAUCCCUCCAACCUUCUCUCUCUCUCUGUCUCUCCACCACUUUUUGCAUACGUUUCUUUCACUGUACUUUUCCACGCACACGUAACACAUUCAUCAGAGGAAGAGAGAAUGAGUUCAUCCUCAGGUCAGGGCAGUGGCUAUGAUCUCUCUUUCAAGAUCUUGUUGAUCGGAGAUUCCGGUGUGGGAAAAAGUAGCUUACUUGUCAGCUUCAUUUCAAGUUCUGUGGAAGAUCUUUCCCCCACCAUCGGUGUUGAUUUUAAGAUCAAAACGCUCACAGUAGGUGGCAAGAGGUUGAAAUUAACGAUCUGGGAUACUGCUGGGCAGGAAAGGUUCAGGACUGUAACCAGCUCUUACUAUAGAAAGGCACAAGGAAUCAUUCUCGUUUACGAUGUCACAAGGAGAGAAACCUUUACAAACUUAUCAGAAGUGUGGUCUAAGGAAGUGGAACUCUAUUCAACUAAUCAGGAUUGCGUGAAGAUGCUAGUUGGAAAUAAAGUUGAUAGAGAUACUGAAAGGGCUGUGAGCAGAGAAGAGGGUUUAGCCCUUGCCAAAGAAUUGGGGUGUUUUCUUCUAGAAUGCAGUGCUAAAACUCGGGAAAAUGUGGAGCAGUGCUUUGAGGAACUUGCUCUAAAGAUAAUGGAAGCUCCUAGUCUUCUGGAAGAAGGAUCAACAGCAGUUAAAAGGAAUGUCUUAAAGCAGAAACAAGAACCCCAAGCAUCCCAAAAUAGUGGUUGUUGCUCUUAAAAUGUUACAUCGUGGUGUGAACAUUGAGUCUUAACUAGCACAUCUUGGACAAAUCUUGUAUAUGUAAGCUGCUUCCGUAGUUUCUUACUACUGCCAUUGUCUUUUGGUUGCAUAGUUACUUGUAUUAAUGGGGAAAUUGGCAACAAUGGCGUGUAUUAGCUUGUGUAAAUUUGUUUGCCUCUGAAUGACUCUUUCAUUGAUGUGUUGCUCCCAAGUUCCAAGUAUUGUUACUACGACAGAACAACUGCAGUUUCAUGCAA